AUCUGGAUUCCAUGCGAGAGCAGUGCGUAGCCGGAGUAAAAGCAACCACGUUGUUUUUAGGCCUAGGCCUAGGCUACUUGAAAACAUUCAGCAGCAUUCAACGAAGGCUCUCAGCUGAAGCUUUUGUUCUGUUGCCAUAGCUACAGGACGCGGGGAGGACUUCUCGUCUACUUCUUGUAGACACCGGUAGACACGAGUACAGCCACAGCUUACUGACAUAAUAUUACAGUAGCGAAGGUCGUGGAGCUGUCUCAAAUUAUGCCAACCGAAUUUCUCAAGAAACAAGGGCGAAACCCCAAGAAGAAAAAUCCACGCGGUCGGUCUUCAAGUCGGCCCCGUAGUCUCAAAAAUCACAUUGAGACGCUCCCUCCUGAGGUCCUGUUGAAGAUCCUAUCCUUUUUGGAUGCGUCAUCUCUGUACUCUAUUGGCUAUGUUAACAAACAGCUUCAUGAGCUUGCCAACAACAAUGCUCUGUGGUACAGGCUAUAUGUUCGAGAGUGUACAAAGCAGAAGCUCAAGGCCAAGCUGGGGGACGAGGUGGCCGAUAGGCUUACCCUCGCAACCAUACACGAGAAGCCCAAGGGUCACUGGAAGAGGCUCCUCUUCAAGAAGAUGGUGGGCUUCAACCAGAGCAAGUGGAUCAGCCAGCUCAAAGUCGUCAGCCCCUACACAGGGCUGCCAAAGCAGACGGUACAUGUCCUCAGGAGCUUGGGCGUGACGUGGGAGUUGACGGUGACGGAUGCAUACGGACAUCAGAGAACCUUUAAGCACUCGCACACAUUCUUCUCUGAGUGCUCCCUGAACCUGACCUGGAUUGGCCUGGGUACCAUCCAGUACUUGUGGAUUAAGUCGGUGCAGCUCCACAGUGUGGUUCCCCUGACCUUAGACCGGGGCGCGGCCUCUUGCAGACCAGCCUGGCGUUCUCUGAUCUUUGAGGUGGAUAUGAGCAAGUACAACUGGCGCUUCUUUGGCUCCUGCAUGCUGGUGAGGGCGAGACACUGUGUCAGCUUCCCUGGCCUCGUCAUGGGGAUCUGGAGGGACAAUGAGGACGUGGUGUUUGUCAAGGCGAACUUGCAUCUUCACAAGCUCGUAGAGAAAUGCCUUCUUGGAUCAAUUACUGUCCCCUACUCUAUGCCAGAGCACAAGCCUCUGUUUGAUGAUGUCGACCCCGAAUACGGUCUCCAUGGAUACAAGGUGCAUAUCGAGCUCCAUGACAUGACAAAGCUCAUUAUGUCUGGCCAGUUCAGUGGGCUCUUCUGCCGGAGAGAAGACAUAAAGGAUAAUUAUGUAGUCCUGGAGGCCAUCUCAAGGGAGAAGAGGUCACAGCACACGGCCUUCGCUGACAAGUUCAGCUUGAAGUGGAGAUCAGAGGGACUGGAAGGGUCUGUGGAGCAUUGCUGUGUGAUGAGUGUCACGGUGCUGGACGAGUCUCAGACUCCCUUCUGGUGCAUAUGCUCUCCGGUCCCCAUCAUGCUGUCCAGAGGGUUGGACUCCAGGGACUACGACUAUAGGGGCGAGUCCUAUGUUAUCCGCUACAGGAGCCCGGAGGGCAAAAUCUCCUUGGACCUCAUCUGGAUGGAAGAGUUGGGCCAGUACUUCCUGGUGAUGUUUAAUAUUUACCUACCUGUUACGAAAAUCAAUAGGUACUUCGGUAAGAGGUACUAAGAAUAGCAUGUUUAAGUUUUGUUUGCAUGUAUUGGAUUAUGAAAGAAUAGUUUUCUAUUGGUGGUUAACAGUUUUUUUCUGUUUAUGGUGCGUUGGAAUUGCUUGCAUAAUGUUAGUGUUAAAUUUGUAAUGACUAAAACAUGUUGCUUCUAGGAGAUAAUAGGCAGUGUUUCAUUUAAUUUGUAAAUAUUCAAUUGGACAAGGCUUCAAUGCAUCUUACUAAUUUAUGUUGGCUUAAAGCAAUGACAAUUUGUUUC